CAGUUGAGCAAAGGGUUCCAAGGGAAGAGCCCCAUCACACUGGAAACCCUCAAGUGCUGAGGACCAAGGGGCAGAUCCUUGGGCUGUGAUGUGUUUCUAGUCUUCUCUUUCCCUAUAGGUCAUGGCGGAUCAACUUGACCUUCUCUUAGGCGUGAUCUUCAUGGCCAGCCCCAUGCUGGGAAUGUCUCCCUGUUCUUCUGAUGGCCAGAUAGCCUUAUUUCGCUUCUGUAAUCUUACCCAGAUCCCCUGGGUCCUUGACACCACUGAGAGGCUCCUGCUCAGCUUCAACUAUAUCAGUAUGGUCAAUGCCACAUCAUUUCCAUUCCUGAAGCAGCUCCUGCUGCUGGAGCUGGGAACCCAGUUUACACCCAUGACCAUUGGCCAAGAGGCCUUCAGAAACCUGCCCAAUCUUAGGAUCUUGGACCUGGGCCAAAAUAAGAUUGAAGUCUUGAAUCCAGAUGCAUUUCAGGGACUGCCCCAUCUCUUCGAACUUCGACUCUUUUCCUGUGAACUCUCCGGUGCUAUCCUAAGAGAUGGUUACUUCAGGAAUCUGAAUUCACUAGCUCGCUUAGACCUAUCUGGCAACCAGAUUCACAGCCUCCAUCUCCAUUCUUCAUUUCAGGAAUUGAAUUCCUUAAAGGCCAUAGAUUUUUCUCUCAAUGAAAUACUCACUCUAUGUGAGGAUGAACUCAAGCCCCUGCAGGGCAAAACACUCUCCUUCUUUGGCCUCAAAUCAACUAGACUGUUCAGCAGAGUCUCUGUGGACUGGGAGACAUGCAGGAACCCAUUCAGAGACAUGUGGCUGGAAACUCUAGAUCUUUCUAGCAAUGGCUGGACAGUGGACAUCACAGGGAACUUCAGCAACAUCAUCUGGGGGAGUCAGGUUUCCUCUUUGAUGCUUACGUACCACAUAAUGGGGUCUGGCUUUGGCUUCCAGAACAUCAAGGACCCUGACCAGGACACAUUUGCUGGCCUGGCUAGAAGUUCGGUGAUAUUCCUGGACAUUUCCCAUGGUUAUAUCUUCUCCUUGAAUUCCCGGGUGUUUGAAACGCUGAAAGAUUUGAAGUUUCUGGACCUUGCCUUUAAUAAGAUAAACAAGAUCUCAGACAACGCAUUUCAUGGACUUGACAAUCUCCAGGUUCUCAAUAUAUCAUAUAAUCUUUUGGGAGAACUUUAUAAUUCUAACUUCUAUGGGCUACCUAGAGUGGCCUACAUUGACCUUCAAAAGAACCACAUUGGGAUCAUUCAAUCCCAAACAUUCAGAUUCCUGGAAAAAUUACAAACCUUGGAUCUCCGUGAUAAUGCUCUUAAAACCAUUAAUUUCAUUCCAAGCAUACUGACCGUCUUCCUGGGCGGCAAUAAGCUGGCCAGUUUGCCACACACUCGCUUCACAGCCAACUUCAUUCAGUUAUCUGAGAACAGGCUGGAAAAUCUGUCUGACCUCUACUUCCUCCUGCGAAUUCCCCAGCUCCAGUCUCUCAUCCUGAAUCAGAAUCGCCUUUCUUCCUGCAAGGCAGUCGACACCCCUUCAGAAAACCUGAGCUUGGAACGGCUUUUCCUGGCAGAAAACAUGCUGCAGCUUGCCUGGGAGACUGGCCUCUGUUGGGAUGUUUUUAGAGGCCUUUUCCGCCUCCAGAUCCUGUAUCUGAAUAGUAACUAUCUUAAUUUCCUUCCACCUGGAAUAUUUAACGAUUUGGUUUCCCUGCGGUGGCUCAGUCUUAGCGCUAACAGGCUGACCUCUCUCUCUCCUGGCAGUUUACCUGCUAAUUUAGAGAUUCUUGAUAUAUCUAGAAAUCAGCUUUUCUCUCCUGAUCCUGGGUUGUUUGCUUCACUUAGCAUCUUGGACAUAACUCAUAAUGAGUUUGUCUGCCAGUGUGAACUUAGCCCUUUUAUCAUCUGGCUCAACCAAACCAAUGUCACCCUGCUUGGCUCUCCUGCAGAUGUAUACUGCAUGUACCCUGACUCGCUGCUAGGGACCUCCCUUUACGACAUCUCCACCAAGGACUGUGAUGAAGAGGAAGCCUUGUGGACCCUAAAGUUUUCCCUAUUCAUCCUGUGCACCGUCACUUUGACUCUGCUCCUCGUCACCACCCUCAUAGUCAUAAAGUUCCGGGGGAGUUGUUUCCUGUGUUAUAAGACCAUCCAGAAGUUGGUGUUCAAAGACAAGGUCCCAAGUUCGGAACCUAGUGUAUACAGAUAUGAUGCCUAUUUUUGCUUCAGUGGCAAAGACUUUGAAUGGGCACAGAACGCUUUGCUCAAACACCUGGAUGCUCAGUAUAGUUCCCGCAACAGAUUCAGGCUGUGCUUUGAAGAAAGAGACUUCAUCCCGGGGGAAAACCACAUCUCCAACAUCCAUGCAGCCGUCUGGGGCAGCAGAAAGACUGUGUGUCUAGUGAGCAGACAGUUCCUCAGGGAUGGUUGGUGCCUGGAAGCCUUCAGGUAUGCCCAGAGCCGGUGCCUGUCUGACCUCAAGAAUGUUCUCAUCGUGGUGGUGGUGGGGUCCCUGUCUCAGUAUCAGCUGAUGAAACACGAGACUAUCAGAGGGUUCCUGCAAAAACAGCAGUACUUGAGGUGGCCCGAGGACCUCCAGGAUGUUGGCUGGUUUCUCAAUAAACUCUCUGGGCACAUACUAAAGGAAGAAAAGGGAGAGAAGAGAAGCAAUACCCUUCCGUUGCAAGCCAUAACAACCAUUUCCUAGUGGAAGGAACCCUUUACAAGCACCACAAAGAACUCUCCACAUUGUACGCACACAACUAUUUGGGGAUCCUUCCCAGGGGUUGUUUUCUGACUAUGAGAGCAUCAUCAGUCUCUUGAUUUCCAUGUCAACAGGUGUUUUGUGUCACUGACUUCCAAAUGGAAAAUAACAGACCCAGAAAACUGCAAUUGCUUCUGAAGGUACCCACUCACCAUCAAUUUCCUUUCAGGCCCGAUGAUACUGUUUCCUCCCAUUCUAACGCGUCCUGGGUGCAAUUGCAGCCUCCUAGAUGGUGAGGACACCUUGGGAGCAGUUACAGGUGCCUUCACACUCUCCGUGUGCUGUUCAGUUCAAGAACAGGCUGCUGGACAAUCCUGAGUUCUUGACCCUGCAGAGCAUGGACAGAGGAGACGGGGCCUUGUCUGGAAACAAGAAAUGAGACCAGUGCUGAGGACUGCUGUCGCUCUACCCUGGUGAGAAGAAGUUAGAUGGCAGCGGUCCCAUCACUGUGGCCACAGUGCACUUCCUUCCUGUUGUGACCCUGCAGGUCCAGCGUUUGUGGGUCAUGGCCAUCUUCUGCACUGGACCUCUCACCGGAUGCUCACACCCUUUCACAACUAUAC